AUGCGAUCCCCGACGUUCUUAGGGCUGAAAGGCCAACCCUUGGUCUACGCUGUCACACUUUGCUGCUCAAUUGGCUUUUUACUCUUUGGUUAUGAUCUGGGAUUCAUGGGUGGCCUAACAACUUCUCCGGAAUUCCUGGGGGCUUUUGGCAACCCAGGUGCUUCCUUACUUGCCUUUCUUGUCUCAUCCUACGAGGUUGGAGCUAUGCUGGGUGCGGUGUUCCAAUUUUUACAGGGCGAUCGAUUCGGUAGAAAACCAAAUAAUUUGGCGGGGGCAGUAAUCGUCGCUAUUGGCGCAACUCUACAAGCAUCCUCAUACGGCCUGCCUCAGUUCCUUGUCGGUCGGAUCGUUGCGGGUUUUGGCUUAGGAAUGAUGACAACAGUCAUUCCUAUUUGGCUGUCCGAGUGUACAUCACCCACAUCUCGUGGAAAGAUGAUGGCCAUGCAACUUUCCAAUUUGAUUGUGGGCCUGAUCCUAGCGAAUUGGCUUGACUAUGGGAUGGACUCGCAUUCUGGAUCAAUUCAAUGGCGAUUUCCAUGUGCUUUCCAAACGGUGUUUUGCCUUAUUGUUCUUGUCUUUAUGCCUUUCCUUCCCGAGUCACCACGAUAUCUAUGUACAAAGGGUGAUAUUUCUCGUGCAAGAAUCGCAUUAGCUGCACUACGAGGUGGCGAUACCGAUAAUCUCGAUAUUAAUGAGGAACUGAAGGAGAUUCAAUAUGCAAUGGCGGUGGAAGCAGAGGAGGCGGGCGCGUGGAAUGACGUUUUCAAGGACAAUGGAAUCAGUGGGUUCACUCGCGUUGCAAUUGCGUUUUCAGCCAAUUUCUGCCAGCAACUAUCCGGCUGCAAUGUCAUGUCCUCGCUUGGCCCUUACGUAUUCGAGGAUUCGAUAGGGAUGUCUCGGAAGGACGCCAUGCUUGUCUCCGGUGGCCUUCAAGUCUUUUAUUUUCUUAGCAGUCUAAUUCCCUGGUAUGCCAUUGAUCGAGUUGGGCGUCGCCGACUAUUUAUGACUGGAUCUAUUGGCAUGGGAAUUUGCAUGUUACUCUCAGCGAUCUUUGUCGGUAUCGGCACGAAAGGUCUCGGCUAUGCCGCUGCUGUCGUUUUGUACAUCUUCCAGACUUUCUUCACUCUAGGAUGGCAAUCCAACAUGUGGAUAUAUCCGAGUGAGUUACUUCCGCUCAAGCUUCGCCUGCGAGGAGGUGCUCUUGCCGUGGUAUCUCAGUGGCUCUUUACCUUUCUGGUCGUCGAGAUCACCCCCGUGAUGAUCACAAACAUCGGGUACAAGUGCUAUAUUGUUUUUGCGGUGAUUAACUUUGCAUGUGUUCCACUAGUAUACUUCUGCUACCCGGAGACAAGCAAACUGCCUUUGGAAGCCGUCGAUUUGCUUUUUGCGGACCGUGAUGGCAAGCGGCCGUCGAUCUGGCGAGUUGUUCAAGACUCCAUGGAUAAAGAGUUUGUAACUGAAAUUGAAAGCCAGUUGCAGGAGCGUGCCAGGAUGAGAGCGGAUAUCCAUGACAAGAUCGAGAGUUCUAAGGCUGAACACCUAGAAAUUCAGGCGGCAUGA